AUGAAUAUUUCUUUAAGUGAAUUUGAAGAUGAGGAAUUCAAUGAUUUAUAUGAAAAUUUUUCAGAAUCAGCCCAAUAAUUGACGACAGCACCAGAUGAAAUUAUGUUCAUUGAUGAUUUAGUGUUGGGUGUUCACAUUACUUAUGAUGAUGUGUUGAAAUUGAACAAUGAUGGAAAAAUGAAUUUUAAAAGUAUGAUCUACUUUAUCAAUUACCUUUAAAAGCGUUCUAAAACAGUUCAUUAAUAUUACUUAGCCUAUUAAAGAUAAAUGUUAGAUCUUGUAGAAUAAUUGAAUCCUUUAUUAAGAAAAAAUCAGCAAAAGGGAGAUCCUAUUAGUUACAUUCUAAUAUUCUAUUGGAAUGACAGAUGGGUGACUGGAAUUUAUAAUUUAAAAACAACUAUUUUAGAUAUUGUGGAUCUAUAGAAAAAUAAGACAAAGGAUGAUUUAAAAAAAGCAUAUGAACAGUUAUUAAAAAAAACAGGAUUGGCUAAAGUCUCAUUUAAGACAAUCAAUUUUAUAUUUUAAGAAGAUAAAACAACUGAUGGAGGAAUGUACAUUAUAAAUUAUCUGUAUUAAACAAUAGUAAAAGGGUAAUCAUUUGUAAAACUAUAGCCAAAUGAUAAAGUAAAAUUGAAAAGUCAAUUAUUAUGGUUAUUUUUCAGAGGUGAAAAGUCAUAACAUGUUGAUUAUCCUGCAUUACCAGCUUUAACAUAAUGGAAUGAAAAUGAGAUUAAAUAAUAUUAGAUGGCUAAUCUAGAGCCAUUUCUAACUGGAUAUUGGACAGGAAUUGAAGUAUAAUCGGCUGAUUUUGAAUUAUUAUAAAAAUCUGGAAAAUCAAAACCUCACAUGAUAGCCUUUUGGUUAUCAUAUUUGUAUUAUUUUGAUUUACAGAGUAAAACACCUCUUAUUCCUUUUUUUGUAGUAGCAAAUGGAGAUGAAAUAUGUGAAGAAUUUGAAGUAAUCUUUAAACCAAGGAGAAGAUAAGGUACAGAAAAUUAAAGAUUAAUCAUUUUAUAAUAUAUUAAAAAUACUAGAUGGGUAUUUGCAAUUUAUCAUAUGAUUUAAAAGACUUUAGAUAUUGUAGAUUUAUAAAAUAAAAAUGUCACUAAAGAUGAAUUGAAAAAUUCCUUUGAUAAAUUGAUAUCAUCUUUAGUAACAUACAAUAAUCCAGCACCAAAUUAUAUAUUCUAAAGUUAUACAGAUAGCACAGAUGGCACUGAAUAUAUUUUAAAUUGGCUUUGGUAAUAUACCUAAGGGAUUUAACCUGAUAAAAUUAAAUUUGGUUUUUCAGAGAAACGAUAAUUGAGACCAAAAUUGAUUUGGGCUUUAAUUAGAAUGUAGUAAACUGCUGUUUCAAGUUAAAAAUCAAUAUAAAUAGCCUCAAAAAAGAAAAUAACUAUUCCACAAAUAGCAUAAACUCCUCAAGCAUAAACUUAAUAAAGUGAAGUUUAAAAUACUCCAUCUUAAGCAGGAGGUAACAGAUUUGGUAGAUUUAGAAAUAACACAAAUACUAAUAAUGAUACACCUCAAUAGAAAUCAAAUAAAAAUAUUGAAGAAUAAACUCCAUAAUAAAAAAAAACAUUUGUAAGUUCAUUUAGAAAUAGAUAAUAAACUGCAACUUAAUAAUCACCUAUGAAUUCUCCGUCUAAAUCAGUUGCUUCAGAUUAAAAGUCUGAAUAAUAAGAACCAAUUUCAAAAAAAUCAUCUUUAUUUAGCAAAAGCAAACCAUAAUCUGAUCAAUCACCUAAAUCCUAAACAAGUGAGACUUCAAUUUAAUUGGCAAAACCAGCAUCUAGAACAUUUACUGGGAAAAAGACUGUUUUGUAAUCUGGAACUAAAGUAGGUACAACUAAAAAUAGUUCUGCUCUUCAUAAAUAAGAACCAAUUAUUGAAACAUAGAGAAGUGAAGAAUAUGAUGAAGAAGAAUUUUCAGAUCUUUUUAAUAAAAAGAAAAAAUCAAUAGAUAAUCCAUAACCAUCUAUGGACAAUUAAGAUAGAUUAGCCAAAAUUUAAGAAGAAUUGACUGAAUAUUAUCAUGAAUUAAUUAAUGAUGAAGUUGAUAAAGAAGUUGAAAUUUAAAAGUUACAAGAAGUUUUUAGAAUUAAUGGAAAAAUAAAAUAAUUUUUAGAAUAAAGAAAAAAAAUGACAAUAGAUGAAGUGUUAGAUACUGUAUAGAAUAAGAGCACAAUUAAUUAAAGUGCUAUUUAUAAUUCUAACUUAUAAAAUUAUAGUACUAUAUUACAUGAUGAUCAAUCAAUUCUAAGAAUGAUUAAUGAAAUGAUUUAAGGAGAAGAAAAUGAAGAAUCUCUUUAAAAUACUCUUUUAAAAAGAUAGGAUUAUUUAUUAAAAUAAAUGGAAUAAAUGGAUAUAAGUACUCCAAAUGUAGAUUAUGAAUUUCCAAAAUCAAAAGAUGAAAGCACUUUAAAAAAUUAAUCAACUACUCUUCCAACCAUAAGAAGACACACUUCAGAAUUUUUUCAAAAAAGUAAUAUAGCUGCAAAAAGAUAUGGAAUGAAAAUUGAAGUUCCUAUGAUGUAACAAUUUUAUAAAGAUGGUAAAGUAAACAAUUUAAUCUUUAAUUUUUUGCUUAAAUUUUUUGAGGAAAAAUCAAUGCAUCAACGUAAAAAUAAUAAUGUUUUUCAUCACUAUAAUACUAGUAUUAAAUUAUUUCCUACGUAAUUUUAUUAAACAUUAUGCUUUAAUUUAAUCCAUUCAACAUUUAGAAUUAAUUAUUUUGAGGCUAAUUAAUUCACUUUUGAAUAUACAGGGUAAGAUGAAACAAUAUUUGAUAUUUUCGAUUGGUUAGUUGUGCCUAUAGUUGAAUAUCCUACUGAAUAUUCAGUAGUAUUUAUCAAUCUUAAAAGAAAGACAUGUUAUUGUUAUUUACUAUCCUCACUAUCAUUAAGAAUCAAGGAUCCAUAAUAUAUAAAUCCAGAAAAGAAUCCGUAUAUGAAAAAUAUCAUCUCAUUUUUAUAAUAUGAGUUUGAAAUUAAAUUAAAAAAGCCUAGAGAAGAAUUAGGGAGAUUUAGUUAUCAAUUUGGAGUUGUGAAUGAUACUAAUAGUUUUGGUUACAGUUUAAAUUAUGAUUAUAGUGGAUUGUAUGCCUUGUAUAUUAUUCUUCAUUUGGUCAAACACGGUCAUAAUUAAGAAAUUGUUGUUGAUUAAUAUUAAAUUUAAGUAUUGAAGAAGAUAUUCCAUGAUUUAAUAGUUAAAAUUGGAUAUAAUGAAGAUGAUAAUUUAUUUCAUUUACUUGAAGAAAAUUAAUUUCCAUUUUGA